AUGAUUAGUAUUUUAUAUAAGUAUGUUAGAGUAUUAGCUGAAUUAAAUCGGAGGCCGAUGGAUUUUGUUGAGGGGGAGUCAGAAUUGGUGUCAGGAUUUAAUGUAGAAUAUUUUAGAGGUGUAUUUGCUUUAAUUUUUAUAGCUGAGUAUGGAAUAAUUAUAAGUAUAAUAGUUUAUUUGAUUAUUUUAAUUCGUGGGGUUUUACCUCGGAUGCGAUAUGAUGAAUUAAUAUAUUUAUGUUGAAAGAUUGUGUUACCAUUU